CAGGCGCCGCGGGCCGUGCGGGACAUGGCGGGGCCCGUGUACCCCGCCUGGGUCACCCGCUGGGUGAGCGGCCAGUGGCGCCAGAGCAAGCGGCCCCCGGCCAUCCGCCCGCCCCGCCCGCUGGCGCUCGCCGACAAGGUGGCGAACCGCAGGGAGCAGAGGGGAGAGGCGAUGUGCAUUACGGAGAUGUCAGUAAUGAUGGCCUGCUGGAAGCAGAAUGACUUCAACGACGCCGCUUGUGCCGAGGAGAUCCGGGUGUUCUAUGACUGUGUGGCAAAAGCAGAAAAACAGCGCAGGAAUCAAAACGAGGACGCUCUGUCAUCCAGGGGAAACUUACCUUCAAGCAAAGUGAACAAGCUCCUGAGGAGGUUUCCUCAGAUCAGACAUUAUCCAUAAUGUGCUUUACUAAGGGGACUGUGGAUGAGCAAUUAAAGUUGGAGUCUUUGGCAAAAAAGAGAAAAGUCAACUUGAGUGAGUGCUUGAUGUCAAGUUGUAUCUGUCAGCACUACUCUGUCGAUCUUGACCCAUCUUUUGAUUCCAGAGUAUCAGCUGAUUUUGUUCAUGAGAUUCCUGGGUCUUGCAGUGUUAGGAUUUCUGCAGUAUGUUGUUCAGCUAGCCAGAACUAGCCUACUCGGGUCCUCACUGUUAAAUAAAACCUUUUAGAAAUGCAUUUAAAUGCAUUUCCUAACAGUUUGGGGGUGACUUUUCCUAACAUAUAAGCUUUCUACCUAGCUUUGGAGCUGCUGUCGAGAAGUGCUCAGGUUCAAACACUAAGCCAGCUGAAAAUUGGUAGUAAUCUCAUGGCUUGUACUUCUGCAGGAGUGGAUACACAAUUUGGUUCCUAAUUCCUGCUGCUGUACAAAAAGGCUAUAGAAUGUGCAAAAAAUCCCCAGCAAAGUACCUUGUUAAUACACAGUACAUUGGUAAGUAUCAGAUAUAACUUUAACGUAGAAACUUAUGAUUUAGGCACUCUGAUUUGCAGGUGGCACAGGUGUGGUGCCACAUCAGUUUAAUUAUUUUGUCUGGACUAUAAUAAAAUAAUGCAAGACUGAUGUUUGACUUGGGCAACUCAUAAUCUACAACAAAAUGUUUCAUUGUUUUUUGGUAAAAAAAAAACAAAAGAGGGAGAGAAAGUUCAAGCAUGAACUGGUAACUGAAAUCAUGUAAUGAAUUAUUAGUUUCUCUGUGGGUUUUUUUUUUCCACUACAGUACCACAAAACUUCAGGACCAGUACCUAAUUGCUGAGAAAAAUGCAGUGUCUUGGGAAACUACUGUUAUAACCAUUUAUAUCAGUAAUUCUUUCAGGCAUGUAGAAAAAGCAGAGGAAGAAGGGAGUCAGGCACACACAGACUGUGAGAUUACCCACAGGUGACUGGAGAGUUGCUGGAGUUGGAGCCGACUUCUCUGGAGCCCCAGGCUGAUGAUACCUGGUUUAUCCCAUAAAUUUUGGUCAGGUGAAUGUUUCAAGUUAUUGAAGAAAUUUCCAUUUAACUAUAACUUACAGUGCCUCAUGAUUGGAGGGUACAUGAACAGGGUAGCUUGUUCUGUUGUUGCUAUUAUGGCAUAAUUGGGUCUUUCAGAGAACUUGGGGUCAGUAAGAACAUAAUGUCCACAUCUAAGUUUGGAAAACACUUUGGUUCUAUGACAUUCUGCAUUUUCAGUUCAAAAGACACUGAAAGGAAAUGCUGCUUCCUGGUACUUUGUUUCUGCUGUCUGCGAUGAACUGUCUUAUAUAAGAGGCUGUAACAGAGAAGCCAAUACCUUUUUAUAGUUUUACUUCUGAAAUUUUGCACAGCUCCCACUAAUCUGAACAGCUAUUUUUGGAUCAUACUGCUUCACAGUGAGCUUCACAAAUUCAGUGAAGGGUUUGGGUUUCUGUCUGACCUUUUUAUAGUUUUACUUCUGAAAUUUUGCACAGCUCCCACUAAUCUGAACAGCUAUUUUUGGAUCAUACUGCUUCACAGUGAGCUUCACAAAUUCAGUGAAGGGUUUGGGUUUCUGUCUGACCUUUUACAUGUCUAUCGUAAUCUUGAAAUUACUAUGCUAAGGUUUUCCAGUCUUCAUUUAUUUAGAGGAAGAAAGAAGGAAACAGAAUGCUUUUCAGGUGCACCCAGGUUUUACAGUGCUUCCUUUAAAAGUACUGUAGCAAUUCUUUUGCCUCGGGAUCCCUUGCUGUAACCAAAACCCCUCCAGUUACUGAUUGUCCUUGGCAAUUUCAGCUGCUGCCAUGGUUUUGUAUCUCACUGUUAAACUUCUAGUCGGUGUUUAAAUGCAUUCUGUGACAUGCUCAUAUUGGAGAUCACUCCACUAAUAGUUCAUGUGCGUAACUGUAGGGAAUGACACUGUUCUUUCUGAGCUCCAUGAUGCUGUUGCUGGGGAAUAAAACUGGGUUCUGGUGCUGAGCCCACUGGUUAAGAA